GUCUGCGGCUGCAACAAUAAUCCAUCUGAAAGGCGGCUCCGCUGGGGGGAAAACUGACGAAAAGCGGGCGAUUGAGGAGAAACACCCCGGAGUCAGAGAUCCGGGGGAAGGAUUAGGAGGAGAAGCGUCGGAAUAAUCCUUCCUGGAGGUUAAUCUGGGCGCCAUAUUGUUUGUUUUCCCGGAUGUUUUGACGCUUAUACUAGCUUGUCUCCCCCCCAGAGUUGUUUAUUUUUUAUUUUUUUAUUAUUAGUGUUGAUUUUUUUCUCCUCGGGUGACUGAGCUCCAACAGCAGCCGACAUGGAGAGCCUCUACAAGCGGAAAAUGUUCGCCUCCAUGAGGAAGACCAAGGUGGCCGCCUCCAAGAAGCGCCAGAUCGGCCUCCCCGCCUCCAUCCUGGACGACAGCGACGAAGGCUCCUUCUCCUCCUCCUCCUCCGGCUCCCAGUCGGACUUCCAGAGCUCCCGGGAGGAGGACAGCGAGCAGGGGGACCGGGACUGGAGCGAGUCCGGGGGGAGCUCCAGCGACGACAGCCGCUCGGUGAGCCGCAGGAAGCGCUCCUUCCUGGGGGGAGACGACAGCUCCUCUUCCUCCAGCCCAGGGGGAGAGGAGGAGGAGGAGGAGGGCAGGAGCCAGCCGAAGAGGAGCGCACCGCCCAAGAAGAGGAGCCGGCUGCAGAGGCAGGAGGAGUCGGACACGGAGCAGACGGAGCAGGAGCGGAAGGAGGAGGCGGAGAAGGAGAAGAGGAGGCAGAGGCACAACAAGCUGCUGGCGCUGUCCAAGAGGAUGAAGGCCCGGGUGCCCAGCAGGAGGCGGGGCCGGGUCAAGCAGGGUUCUGACGACGACGACGACGAGGAGUCUAAAGACGGCGAGGACAAAAACGGCGCUGACCCACGAGGAGCGGAGCCGGAGAAAAAGGGCGGAGACAAAGGAGCGCAGGAGGAGAAGAAGAAGGAGAAGAAGAAGGAGGAGGAGGAGAAAGAAAAGGUGGAGGGGAAAGAGGAGGAGGAGAAGCAUUAGAACCGAGCCAAUCCAGAGUCCGAACGCAGAACCUAAAAACCCAAAACUUGCUUUGUUCUCUGUUUUUCCUCAUGGAUACAAACCGGUGGUGGAUUUUUACGACAUGGAAGAGAGUCGGUUCUGACCCGGUUCUGACCCGGUUCGGCGGGCGGUCCAGUCGCCCACCGAUG